UUUGUCUCUGCAGGGCCCUUCAGUGCCGAUCUCCUGGGGCUCUCGUUUGAUGAACCAUCCAAACCCGCUCAUCAAAGUGGUGUGGCGGCAGGUUCCAGUGAGUUAGUGUCUAGUGGAAAUGGCGAACAACGUCCGACUACCAAGGAGUCCAUUCUUGCCCUCUACAAUCUCUCAAAACCGGCGCCUUCUGUUGCUCAGGCUAACAGGACUGAUCUCUUCUUUCCACCUGUUAUGCAACCGAAUGGUCAAAACGCAAACGCAGGAGUGCUUCACUCGAUGUUUGCUGCUCCGCCCACUUCUGGCCAUUUACAAUCACCUCCAACUUACCAAUCGUCUGCUCCUCAACCCACCGCCGUCGCCACCAGCGAUUUUAGUUGGAGCUCUCUAAGACCACAACAACAACAGCCUCAAUCAGCACCUAGGCCUCAUCCCCCUACUACUACUACUACGGAUUUCUUUGACAAUAUGGAUGUUUUCCAGAGUGCAGCAAAGCCGGUGAGUCAAUGGGACAACGCAUUCUCAUCAGGUGUUAGCCAGCCGGCUACAAGUGCUCCCUUCUCUUUCCAAACACCCUCUCAAUCACAGCCACAGUGGCCACCCUCGGCUGCAUUCCAACAGACCCCCGUCGCCACCGCUGCCACCAAUCUAAAGCCCCCUGCACAGCAAUCCUAUCUCGCUCAGGUCUUGGAGAAGGACAUCGAAAUUAGAAACCUUAAAGCUGAAGCAGCUACAACUAACCACUCGAAUUCAUCAAAAUUUCCAGAUAUGUCGUCGGUCCGGGCGCAACCAAAUAUUACUUGUUGCCUUCAAAGAUCGGAAUUCGAGAAGCUGCGUCAUUUCUUAAUUGAACACGAGUUCUCAGAUCCUAGUCACACUUUCAUAACAAGGGAUAUUUACAAUCGUCUGAGCCAAGCCUCGAAAAAGGAACUAACCUUAAUUGAACUUAUAAAAUUCCGACACUUCCAGUUGUGUGAUUCAUUACAGUAUUUCAUGAAAUCUCAAUUUGCGGCUGCUAAAUCCUCGAAUGAUAUAUCCGUACAGACGGAGGAAUUCGGAUUCGAUGACACAUCUUUGGAAAAGCAAGCGCAAACCUUGAAACAGAAUAACGAGUACCUAAUCAAUCAGGUGGCCAUUCAUGAAGAGAAAUUGCAUUCACUUAAACAAGUCAAUGAAAGACUAAAAGAAGAAUUGAAGAGUUUGUCAAAUGAACGAUCAUGUUUACUAGAACGAGCUAUCAGAGCCGAAGAACGGCAGCAAGUUUUGGAGGAGGAACAGAAAAAAUUCGAACAAUCCUGCGAAAGUGGACUUCCUCUGACUCUAUUUGAGCGAAUUCGGGCUCUCGAGGUAUCUCGCAAUGAGCAACAGACAUCGGAACUUAAAAAAGACUUCGCAAAACUUCAAGUGGAAAGGGAUGGGCUUCUUCAGCGCUUACAUACUCUCGAAGAAGAGAAUAAACGCUUAAGGGAAGAUCUCCACUCUGUUGGUUCCGGAAGUUUUACAAACCGACCGUCCGAUGUCCUUACAAAAACACGAGUUAUAAGUCUAGAGUUGCAGUUGAAUGCUGCUAAUGCAGCUAAAGCCGAUGCACUCCGACAGGUAGACCAACUAGCAGAGAAGUUUGAAGCUGCUUCCAGGACAAUUUACGAGGUAAUGCCUCUUGAAGCCGAUCGUAAAGUAGAGAUAUCUCGACUGGAGGCUCAACUGUCAAUGGUAUCUCAAAAGUUAGCUGCAUAUGAGCGGUUAGAGGCAGAAAUAGAUAAAGCUAUUGAGCAUUUUGCAUCAAAUAAAGGUGAUGAAGGUAGUGAUGUGACGGAUGAAUUAUUCUACCUCGCGAACGUGAGAGACAGAAAUGGCAACCCUCUGUUAGCUACUUUGGCAUCUCGGCGAUUAGAACAUUGCAUUGAACUAGCAAAUCGAACAGCUAAAGCAGAAGAGGUGAAAAGAAAGCUCCAAUUUGAAAAUGGCGAGCUGAAAAGUGAACUCGAGAUGGUAAAAGAUGAUGCAAGGAGACAAUCGGAGCUGUUAACCAAUAUAGGCAAACCUACGAACAGUUUAGCUGCAGCUCUAGUAGAACGAAACAAAGAGAUUUCUAACUUGAAAUCCGAUAAACGUAAAUUGGAAGGGAAGCUACGACAAUUAUAUGACUGCACAAAGGAUAUUGUGGCUGAACGCAAUGCUAUGCUUGAGGAUCUGAAUGAAAUGUGGACACAGGUAAACCAGGAAAGAGGGAAGCAAGAAUCGACUCAAAUAAAAAAACCGCUACCGCGAAAAAUCUGCAAGACAGAGACAUAA